UUAAAUAGAGCUGAAAAACACACCCACCAAGUAUUUGCCGGAGAGGUAAGAUACAGCAAGUAAAGCACAGUCAAGAGUGAAGACAAUGCUGGCGAAGCAAGUCUUCGGUUACUUCGCUUUUCAGAUGUUAUUUUUGCCGCUCACUACAGGUAGGUGUCUAAGCUAUUGAAUGAUUCUUGACUACUGAUUUCUUACAGUUUCUGCAAGAGAAGAAACAUUUUGUAAAACAACUUGAUUAUUUAUUCACGUUGCAUUUAGAAAAUGUUAAGGGAGGUUCCACCUUUUUGAACUGUCAGAAAUGACCGCGAACCCACAAAUUUAAGAAAGUCGAUGAUAGUGAAAAAUGUCUUAACUUUAUGUGUGUAUCCGUUCUUAAAUACCAAUGAUUCCUCGGUAAAGGUUUGUGUUAAGGUCCAUUUCAUUUUAUUUAUGAACUGGGACAUGAAGCAAUCCCUUGGAAUCAAUAUGGAGUGGUUACAAUUAGGUAUAUUUGUCUGUGCAAUGACUGUAUACAAGGUCGAUGAAAGGGAACGCAUACAGAUGACAGGGUAUUACUUCAAUGCAAUUAAAUGAUAUUUAACUUUAAAAUACUUAAAACUUUUUUUGCAUGUAUGGUAUUCAAGCGUAUGUCUUUCAAACUGGGAAGGUGAAUAUUUCCGACACAUCCCAAAACAACCAUGGCUGCCAGACCGUUUCUUUCAAUACUCAGUUCCAGGGUUCUGGAGAUGUAAAGGUGUUUGCAACGCUUAGCCACGGAAGCGAACAUGUCAAAAUCCACGACCCAGCGUCUGUUUGGGUGAAGUCACUCUCCACAUCUGGUUUCGAUGCCUGCGUUCGUGAAGCAGGCACUGGUUCUAGAGGCGCGUCUGUGAUCAACUGGCUUGCUUUUCAAGGCUCGCACCAAGGUCUUGAUUCAGGAAUCGUUGAAUUUGAUGAAUUCACCUCAAGAACCCAGUGCAAGAAGAUAUCGCUUAGUAUUCAGAAUAAGGUGAGAUGGUAAAGUAGGUGAAUUCAAUCAGUCAUUUUAACAUACUUACAGGUGACAAACAAUACAUCCUUACUUGGACAAAAUCGAUCAGGCAUGGAAGAAGGGGCCUUAAGCCUAAAGCUACAUGUACAAUCGAGAAUUCGGAAGUCCCAUGCUUUACUGUCAUAAUUAGUCACUUAGAAGGAACUUUGAAAAUGUCACAUCAGGGUUAUGUAGAAUCCCAGACCCUACAUUUUCAUUCUUCUUUUUUUUUCUGUGUCAUAGAUAAUUGUUCUUUUGUUAUACUCUGUCUUAGGCGAGACCCCAAGUGUUUGUGACUGUUCUACAUAAACAUUCCGACCGACCAUUUGACUCCAUGAACAUUUGGCUAGAAGACGUCAAAAAGGAUGGUUUUGUGGUUUGCUUGAGGGAGUUUAUGAGCUUUGACGGCAUCCAUUCAGGUCUCAAAGUGGUAAGUUGAAAUUAGAGAAGUCUGAGGUGACUAGUCUUUAUUGCUCUAUUCACGAAAUUACCACGCAGAGUCUGUGUGGCAAAGAAGUCCACCUUGGGGUAACUAAAGGGUGCGUUCCAGUCAGGUGGCAUCGCACACUACACUUCUAGGUACAAUAAAUUCUAUAUCGUGCUUCUUCUCCAACUUGUAUUACUAAAAUUAAUAUAUCAAAAACAACAGUGAAAACAAGAAAAUCGAUUCAGUUAACGUCUUAAGUGCUAGUUUAUUUAGGUUACAUAUACCUGUUCCCAAUGCUUUUUGCAGCACUUCUGUCUCUCGGAGCUCCCCAUCUCAGGACGACGAAUGAUGAUAAUAAUCGUCCGCAAAUCUGCAAAUAAAUUUGUGCAUAUUCUCUUUUUUUUAAAGAACUGGCUUGCGUAUGAUGUGCUCCCGGGGUCUUGGAAUAUUACUGAAAGAGGAAAGCUUCAUUUUUCUGGACUUGGUGCACCAAAGAAAGAAAACAACUAUGCUUUUUGUCAGGUAGGAAAGACUAACAGUCUUCUAUAUGUCUUUGAUGAGCCUCUGUUUAGUUUAGUUCAGCUCAAGGGAAAACGUGUAUCGCCCAUUUCCAAGAGAAACUAUAGCGGUCUGUUUCUAUAAUGAAUGUACGGUUAUCAGUGACAAAAUAGGGUUUACCGUAUCGUUGAUCUUGAUUUCCGUUGCACACUAUAUUUGAAUUGUACAAUAGUGCAUCCACUAGCAGUCUUUAUAAACCUUGAUGUUGCACUAUAAUCUCUGUUAUUUAUUUCUUUUGGAAAACUUGCAAGACUUUAAGAGGAAAAACACUUUUACCCAUUAUUAUAGGCAAGUUAAAUAGGAACUGUCUAACAUAACAAUAACAACAAACAAAAACGUUAUUGACAGCAAUGAAACCGAUAACACAUACACACUACCUACAUUUAGCAAAAGCUAUGGGAGGCAGGCAGUGUACAUGGACUGAUGCAUUUUUAAAUGUCUUAACUGUUAAAACAAGAAAAAUACAGAAAGGCCUAUGAACUUCAAUACUUUUUCUUAAACCGAGGUCGGAAUAAUAAGGUGAUAAGCUUUGAAUAAGGCUUUAACUAUGCACUUUUGUGUAAUAAUGGUUUUCAGGAUUAUAAAUUCGAAAAUCCAUUUUACGAGCCUCCUAGUGUCCUCGCGUCUGCUAGACAUGACAACGACACCAGUGCUCUGUGGAUGAAGGCUGAUGGUCGUUUUAGCAACGCUUUAAAUGUUUGGAUCGAGGUAAGUAAUUUUCUAGACCAUAUACAGCCAUUUAUAUUUCCUCAUUUAUUGAAACUGAUUUUAGGGUGCUGUUUUCAAUUGCUUCCACACUCCAAGUAACUGAGUAAAAAUAAAUUAAGCGCUCGAAAUGGCUGCACCGCUUUUAUAUUUGACUUGUGUCAAAUUCCUCAGUCAUUACUGUCGUUUCAACCACGGUUUUGUACCAAGCAAUUUUUCAAUAUUUUUUAUUUAAUUUUAAAUGUGGGCUGGAAAAAAACUGGCGAAUAAAAGAACUUCAUUCAAUUUCAGUAAAAUUGAGUCAGUCGAAAAAAUUGAUUUAGAUAAUUCUAAAAAUUUAUUUUCUGCACACACUUUUCUUGCGUUUGGAUUUCUCACCCCACAAAAGACAUACCCCCUCUUUACAAAUCUAGGAACUACGAACCUACUUAAGACGCAGAAAGCUCCACUUUUUUUCUCAUUUUACUUGGAUAGACUAGGGAAAUUUUGAACUGCCAGGUACUUAAUUAUAAAUUUAAUAUUUAGUUCAUUGUUUAGGAAUUCUAUAAAUUUUUUGUAACUUAGUUUGACCGGAGUAGUAAAUUGAUCGAACUGAACAGGAUUUCUGGCUAAAUUUGUAGCAGUAAUACCUGAAUGAAUUUGUUGUCUUCUAGGAAAUCACUCGUUUGUCUUUUAAAUUGUGCAUCAAGGACAGCCAGGGAAUAAGCAAGUCGCACGAUCCAGUUACAGUGGACUAUGCAGUUGUGGGAGGUAAUUUGUUGUUUUCAUUGCAUCCAAAAGAAGAAACUUUAGUUAAGAUAUAAACAGUUUUAAAAUCGAAAAAAGAAAAGAAAAACAAAAAAGGACAAGUUUUUUCAGUUGGACAUAUACACAUGUAGUGAGGCCUUACAAAAUGUAUUGUCUUUUAUAAUUCUUCUGACUUAGGUCUAGCCCCGCAUGCCGAAUGGGGUAAUAGUUUUCCGAAAAAUGUAUUAUUUUAAGCACUUCAUGCUUCAGGAAGAUUUCCGGUAGGAGUUGAGGAAAAAAAUUGGUCAAAUUCCUGUCGUAAGAAGUGAUUUUGUAUUUUGUCUCAAAGAUAUUGACCCGUGCACAAAUGUUACUUGCGAUUACCAUGCCAUCUGCAAAGCUUUCUCUGCAUUUGAUGCCCGCUGUGUUUGUGAUGACAACUGCCCGUCAUAUGAGGAGCCAGUGUGUUCAUCCAACUCGACAACAUUCAAGAACAGGUGCUUUUGUCUGCUGGACAUUUGCCAACGCAAAAGCAACCACACGCUUUAUCAUCCUGGCAGCUGUACAGGUAGAAUUCUUAGGCUUUUUUACAUUACUUCUUUUUUGCCUACUACAAAGCAUGAGAGGAUCCACUAGGCCUGGGUCAGGAUUAAGUAUUGCUUUUGUUUCCGCCUUCUCAACGCAUGUCCCUCUUACUCCCUCCACACACAUACUCCCCAUCACCAUAGAUGAGUUGAUAGAGAAAUCCAUACCGGCCCUCUCUUUGUUAAUCUAAUUUGCUGGAUGCGAACUACCUGGAUGUGGAAUAGAAUAGAAUAGAAUAAAAUAGAAUAGAAUAAUUCUUUAUUUGAACACGAUAAAAUUCAUCAGGAGUAUAAAAAAUUUUAAAUAAACCUAUAACUACCCUAAACAAUAUGCAAAACUAUCUACAACUAACCUAACUAAGUCCUGUUUGUUAUGAAUUGUCGUGUACACAGUACUUAAAAAAUCAGAAAUUCAGAUGAGCCAAUCCUAUAAAUUGACUUAAAGAUUUAGCCUCUCUCAUAUCACAGGGCAGGCUGUUCCAGAGAAUUGCUCCGCUGUGACUGAAACUGUUCUUUAUGAAGUUAGUUCGCUGGAACGGGACAAAUAGUAAACAGAGUCCCUUAAGGAAUAGUACGUUUCAUAUCGUUUAACACAUUUAGAGGAUAAAUAUCGUGGAACAAGAUCAUUUAAAGUCUUGUACACCAUUAGGGCUUUUUGUAUUUGAAACUGAGUGCUCAAGUCUUUCCACUCGUACUCUUAGUUCUCUUCAUCAGUUUAAAUCUCACGUACUCCAACGCUACUCUGACGUCACUAACUUCAACACCUGGAAGUCGAUCUGCUGCAAAUGCAGUAGGUCACGUAAUCUUCCAUUAGCUGGUAACUGCUGCUACUAAGACUUUUUAUCGGCUGCGGGAGGGAUUCAUUCUUAUCGUUUUUACAAAUGGCAUUUUUAUAGUUUUUACAAUGUUUAAUGUUUACAUAGUUAGUAUUUGUGUAUUUUCCGUACGGGCACACUUAAUUUGGAGCCUCGCUUUGUUGUGUGUCCCGCACCUUCGUCCCCCGUUUUUGUGUCUUGUUCAAAUGUAUUUUUUUCCUUAGUCUUUUUUAGCAUUGUAAUCAUGGUGAAAGCGAUUAAAUAAAUAAUAAAUUAAUUAAUUAACUUGUCUAAAUAAGCGGUUGACAUCAGCAGCAUAUCUAGGAAAGGUUAGAACACGAGCAGCUCGGUUCUAAAGCUUCUGUAACCUGUCAAACAACGUUUUUCCACAAUUAUCCCAGGCAAUAUUACAAUAAUCGAAUUGAGAUUGAAUGAGAGCGUUGUAUACACAAUGGAGAGCAAGCAAUGGAUUAACACCUCUAUUGCUUUUAAUUGCUCCUAUCCCGGAAGCGAUCUUUUUAGAUAAUUUAUCGAAGUGCGUUUGCCACCGUAGAUUUUCAUCAAUAUAUAUUCCAAGUGAUUUUACAGAGGUAUAUUUUACUAUCGGAACAUUAUCAGUUGAGAGCUCGGGUUGGCUCGACAAAGUACUCAAUUUUUGUGUUGAUCCAAUUAGCAUAAGUUCAGUUGUAGCAGUGUUCGAUGUAAGUUUGUUAGAAUAAGCCAUUUGUUUAGGUUAGCUAAAUGGUGAUCCAAAUUUAACUGUAUUGAAUUCACAUCAACAUCUGCGUAAGUGAUGUGUGUGUCAUCAGCAUACAUCCUAGGCUGGCAUGAAGGCAGUUUGGCAAAUCGUUGAUGUAAAUAUGAAAUAAAAGGAGACCAAGGAUUGUUCCCUGUGGUACCCCGCAUUUAGGUGAACAGAUUCUAGAAAGGGAACCAUUAACGAGACAUCGUUGUGUACGACUUGUCAAGAACAAUUCCUUGUAUUCCAUAAAGGUUCAUUUUAGAUAAAAGGAUAUCAUGAUCAACAGUGUCAAAUGCCUUUUUUAAAUCAAGAAAAGCCACAGCAUUAACAUCACCACUAUCGAUAUUGAAGGCCUAGUUAUCAGUAGCUUCAUUGGCAAGGUGGAGCCCAAUUAUUGAAAAAUGGUUAUUAAAAACAUGAGAAAGCUCACUAGAAUUAGAAAUAAUGGAACCAUUUAACUUCAAUUCUUCCACUGUUGUAUUGUUGGUGCGACGGGGAGUAAGUUCGUUAAUGGUUUGCCACGUUUUUGGAGAAUUACCUUUAGAUUGACUAAAAGCAUUAUAAUAAUAAGAGGCUUUAGAAGUCUUGAUGUUAUUAUUUAUUGUAUGUAGUACUUUGCCCAGUCGCGUGGAUCAUUCGAUGCCAUAGCGAUCUUUUGGGAGCAUCACGAUCGCGCAUGCCUUUCUUUAAUUUUGAAUUGAUCCAGGGUACUUUUUUUAUUCUAGCGCGUCUACUUUGGAGUGGAGCGUGAAAGUUAACAACAUCGAAAAGAUUCGUUUUCCAGUCAGCCCACCAAAACAUUAGGAUCAUCAGAGCCGUUACAAGUCCAGCCCUGCUGGUCGAUAUCGUUACGAAAACGCUCUCGAUUAAGAUUCUUAAAAUUUCUGUAAGAAAUGGUUGAAUGCUCUUUCGAGGGAAAAGCAGGAGAUAAUUUCCUAUAAACGUAUAUAAGGCUGUGAUCGCUGAUGCCAAUAUGAGAGACUCCGGAACAGACUAUCCUGUCGACAUAGUUUGUAAAAAUUAAAUCAAUUAAAGUUGACGAGGAUUCUCUUCUGCUAGUAGGUUCAGUUAUAAGUUGUUGAAGCCCAAAUAAAUCAGAAAUUUCAUAUAAGCGACGAGUAUUUGAAUCAUUAUUGUAAAGAGGCCAGGUUACAAUUUUAAUCACCUAAAAGAUAUAUUCAAGACCAAGGGAAUCUAAUUGUUCAAGAAAUGAUUCAUAAAAUAAACUAAAUCAAUCGAAGAGCAAGGAGGUCUAUACCAUGUAGCUAUCAGAAAUGGCUUUGAGUUAGGUUUACGAAUUUCAAUACAUAAAUUUUCAAGAUUAGGUACAUUUAGAUUAGAACAAACCACAGUUAGUCGAGAUUUUUAUAUAAAAGUCUACUCCUCCGCCUUGUGUGUUACUUUUAAAAAACUAUUAACCCUGGUCUUGAAGCAAAAACUAUUUCUUGUUUUUCUACUCUUCUGUUUUAACUCUUUGCAUUUGUAUGCAUCUCCGUUUAGGCUUUCCAGUUCAGACCGGGCGAGUUUCGCUUGUAAGGCAAGUAAAAUCAGCUGAGACAGCCUGUAAAGUGGUGAAAUUUCGGCCGUUCUCCUUCUAUCCUGACAAAGAAGUACACGUGCAAAUAACGACUAAUCACUGGAACAUAAGUAGGAAAAAUUUUGUACAUGAUGCGACGGUUUCAUGGGUGCACACCGUUAACUACGAAAAUUUUGAGGUGAAUAUUAUUGAAAACAAUUUUUCAGUUUAUCGUAAAGGACAGUGGUCUAUCAAGGAGUAAUAGUUUGUAACUCGAUAGGAUUUCAACAUUUCCAUACUCGUCUAAAACCAUGUGUCGAAAGAUUGGAUGUUAACUCUAGGAAUAGAAUUGAGUGCAAUUAACAGCUACACCUUUUAAUUUUUAUUAUUAUUAUUAUUUUUUUGUCAGUAUUAUUAUUUCUCUUACCUUUUUUAUGAAUAUUUGUAAAAAACAAUCUUUAACUGUUCUUUAAUUCCUGACCUGCUUGAGGGGCCCUUUUUUCAGGGACUCUGUUAUUUAUAUUUAUUUAUUAUUUAUUUAUUUAUUUAUAUUUAUUUAUUUAUUUAUUUAUUUUUACAUCUAUAGGAGUAUAUGUUAUUCAUAUGCUUUCACUUGGUAUUAAGGUGCCGCAUUUUUAUUAUGUAAUGUUUCUUCCGUUGAUUUAUAUAUUCAGAGGCCCUGAAACUGUUGCGCCUCGUCAAUUUCUUAAUUUCAUAACAAUUUCUUAGUUCCACUUUUACUCUUUAAAUUUUGCUUCAUGUGUCCUUUUUUCACAAUAUUAUGUAACAUACUUACAUAACUCGUUAUCAGAAUUUUUCAUCUCAUGUGUAUAUAAAUUAUAAUUUAUAUAACCCGUAGCUUGUACAAAGGUUAUCCAGAUUUUGAUUGUGAUUUUAAGUAAAAAGUACACUGAGGAAGCCCGAAGGGCUUAACAUUUGUAUUCUCAGCUCACCAGAAAAAAAAAAUGCACAUACGAUAUAAAAUAGAAAUUUACCUAAUAACUUUUGAAUAUUAUCUUUAGGUCUGCGUGACAGCAGCAGGAAGAAAUGACCGCUCUACUAAGGAGUUUGCCACUGUGGACUGGAUGGCUUACCAAGGGGCACCUGAUGGUGGUGUGGCGGGAAAAUCACACAUUUCACAGUGGUGGACUGGAUCACAGUGUAAAGAAGUUAUCCUUCCCCAGGCAAUCAUCUAUUUUAUUUCCAUUUUCUGGAAGUGCACUAGCCUGAGAAAACAUCCGACAUUUGGCGACGCUACCACUGGUUUCCCCGCCAAAUGAUGUCUGAGAAACGAGCGCAGAAAUCCCAUACUGAUGACGCGUCACUACCCAGAUCUGGGUAGUGACGCGUCAUCAGUAUGGAAUUUCUGCGCUCGUUUCUCCGACAUCAUUUGGUGGGGAAACCAGUGGCAGCGUCGCUAAAUGUUGGCUGUUUUCUCAGGCUAGAAGUACACUUAAGGCAAUUGUUUUGAGACCUAGAGGUGGCGAGAGUCCAUGUCACCCUCCCAUUGUCAAUAUCUUUGAUUACGAAUCUUACAGUGUUGGUAUCAAGUCUCGCAAUUUCAAUGCAGCAGUAAGAAAUUACGUCAUUGUUUCACUGGCUGCCAUACUGGAUUUUCAUUGUGUUAGGAACGGAUUUUCAUUGUGUUGGGACGAAAUCAAGAUAUUCAGAUAAUUUGAAUGUUGAAAAUCAUAAAAUUUAUUUUAUGCAUUACAUAAGUAAUAACUGAUUUAGUAAAAAUCCGAGAUAUCCUAUCAAUGUCGACCACUUUCAAAUGCCCUGUUCCCCAAUCUGCAAAUAUUUAAUAUUCCACCUUUCGAUCUAAAACGGGUUUGAGGGAUUGGGGGAGGGGGGGGGGUCAUUUAAUAUUUUGGGGCAAAGGGAGAAAAAGUAAGGUUAUAAGAUGUUUAAAAAAUGAGGUUUGAAGUGAAUAAUUAAUAGAAAAAUACUGCCCACUAGCAGGCUAGAUCCGUCAAGACUGAGAAAAAAUUCACUCAUGCUCUAAAUUUUAUAAACAUGGCAAACGUUUGUCUUCGAAUUCUGCCAAGGUGUGUAUAAAGUAUAAACGAACAGCAACUGAGCAGAAAAUAUUCAAGCAAACGAUGAAAUAAAACGGACAAAACCGUGUACAACUUAAGGCGGUUAGACACUUAACCACCAUAUCAAAAAGCCAUGCUUUGAUCGAAAAAAGUUGUGUACUGCGACUACAUGCGGAUCAUAUUUCAUUUUUAUCCUAAGCUCUGUAUUUUUGCGAUGUUCUUAAAAAAUUACUAAAUGGAAAUAUUAAUUAGUCUGUUUAUUAAUCUGGAGGUACAACUCACAUUUCUUGAUUGUCAUCAAUGAUUGCUUCACAGGGAAAGUUUGCUGCUGCACCAACAGUCCUGGUUACAGCACAGCAUAUUAGUGCAGCCUUUAAGCACGAUGCCGCAAGUUUGUGGGUAGAGAACGCAACCAGUUCCUCCUUUUACAUUUGUCUUCGAGAACUACAGAAUUAUGAUGGUCUACAUGAAGAUAUCUUUGUGGUAAUUUUACUAUCUUAAUUUUUCUAAGAGAAACACAUUCUAAACACUAAAGAAAAAAGCACAGAAAGCAAGGUUUAAAUGAAAAUUGUGCGAAAGAGAAGACGUGCAAAAAGAUGAUAUAAAAGCGCCAACUCUUGUAUAACUAACAGCCAUUAAACAGUACCCACUAUUCAGAGCCUUUGAUGAUUUUAGCCAUGCCUUAAGCGUGGUUAUACCCUUAACCCUUUAGUGAGACCAUCCAGUAGCGAAAAACACGCAUUUGUUUGUUUGUUUGUUUGUUUUUUAACAAAUCUUCCUUUUUGGACCUGUUUUUGGCCAAUUAGCAUGGGAAUGGCUGAUUACGAGGUUCAUGUGUGCAACUCUGUCAGGAUUUGCAACACUAAGGGCAUGUUUCGUUUCUAAUUGUAUGAUGUAAUGGAAUCUAUUUCGAUAUUUUUGUUGCUCUCUUUUCCCCCUUUACUUGUCUUUUCACUAACCGGCGGUUUUUUUCGUCCCUCUUUCGCGUUGAAUUUUGGAAGACCAAACUUUCCAGAAAUGGCAAAAUUUCUAAUGUGCAAAGGAGAGAAGGCCAAUAGCACAAUUUGCUGUGGAUUCUCUCCCAAAAUGUUGCUUGGUUUUAUUUUGUGUGUAACUCUGUCAGGAUUGGUCCAACUUUGAAAAAUAAGGCACCUCUGAAAAGAUCUAUCCUUACUAAUUCUGUUGCUAACCAUCUUAAUAGCUUAAACAGCAAACUAUAUGGGUCCAGGAAGGAAAACAUGCAUAGUUUCAAUCAUAUGGCACCGAAACAACCAAAGCGAUCGCUAAAGGGUUCUAGUCAGUUCGCGAACGAUCGUAUUUAAUCUGUCACUUGUCUUAAUCUGUUUCCCAAUGCCUGUUUUUAAAGGGUUAUCUUAUAAGGAUUUACCUGUUCGCAAACGGUUGUAUUUAAUCUUUCAGUUUUAUUAAUUUUAUUUCCGAACGCUUAUUUUUGAAGAAUUAACGAGAAUGCUUCUACCAGAAUGAGAUAAGAACAGCAUUUGGAAACCCACUGUUGACUGCUGUUACUUUUUUUCAGAAUUGGAUGGUCUUUGAAACAAUCCACCGGCCCCUUUUUGCCGAGAGCAAACAAGUGAAUUUUCCAAACAGCAGCCCUGUUUCUGCAAACUACAACGGUGCGUUUUGUAAGGUAGGGAUCGAGCAUUUCUGAUAAGCGAAAGCGAGAUCAUUCUGUAACAGUUUACCUUGUGCAGAGCAUAUUUAGGAGCUGAUUAGUUCGAAAUGUUUUGUUGUUGUUGUUGUUGUUGCUGUUGCUUUUUUGCUUUUUUUACGUUUUCGACCAUAAUCCGUUGGAACGUUUUGUGUUCUUUGGGAAUUUUACAGACAUGUAAGCCAUGAAACCGAGCAUCUUUAAGUUUACCUUGUUUCACGUGCUAUGUUGUACAGCGAUGUUUUCAGUUCAGAGAAAAUGUUGUACCGGAGCUAGGCUCCGCCGCUGUUGUUUCCCUCGAACACCCCAGUCGCACAAAUGAGCCUUCUUGCCGGCUACACUCCGCUAAGAACACUAUGGGUAGUUUUCGACACCUAUCACUUGGUAUCAAAGGAGAAAUGGUAAGGGUAACUUGCGGACUGACUGCGGACAAUUGUUUUUAGGGUAAGAAUUGGUAAGACAACGAUUAGACUAUUGUUGUCACCUUCUCAUUUGCAUGGUGAAAACAAUAUUCUGCAGUCUGCGUUUUACACUGGCCUUAUUUCAAUAUAAUUUUUGGCACGAUAUUAACAGCCAAAGUUUUCUAUCCUCAGGAUUUGCAAUUUGCAAGGAAUUACGACAAGGAGCCCAUAGUAAUAAUAGCAGCCAGUCACAACUCAGAAGGCAACAAUCUUAAACCGAUACAUAUGUCUGUUACUGCAUGGAUUGAGGUAUUGAAGGAUGCAGUUGUUGUAUGAUGUAAUAAUUGGUUCGGAAUUUAAAAAAGGGAAGACUGAAAAUAUCUCUUAGAAGUUGCCAUUUGAAGCAAUCUACGUGUGCCAACAUACUCCAAUGCUCAUUCCGUCGAACGUUCAGUUUAUCAACCACCGUUAUUCAAAUCUUAAUUCCCUAUUUUGCGUCUGAAGUUAGUUUCUCCUGCUGCUUGCAAAUGUCAAGAAUUUUAGUAACCUUGUGUAAAAAGGAAAGCAACCUAAUGACAGGCACGCGAAAGGACUAAAAAAAUUCUUGCUCAGUUGUUACGAAACUUGAAUUGUUUGUAGAUAAAUUUAUGAAAGGUCCUCAGAUUUGUUUUGUUUGUUUGUUUUUUAUGCUGCUGUUGUUGUUGUUUUUUUGUUUUCGUUUAGCAGGCUCAAAUCAAAGUUAUAAAAUAGUCAGAGUUAGCGCAGGAACUCUCUCCAUAACAUAGGUUACAAAGACUCCAUAUGCCCUCCUCAAAGACAAAACACUAAUGUUUUGUUUAUUACAUACUAAUUACAGUACAAUCAAAUAUCGAUACCUUUUGUUCUGAAGAAGAGUUUAGCGUUUGAAGCGAAAUGAACAAGUUAUAAGUAGAGGGUCUCAAUGGAGUGGUAGCUGUGACGUGGACGAUUGUUUUUUUUAAUUUUGACGGUUGACGGCUAAAUUUUAGGGCUUUUGACGGUUGACGGUUAUUUAGGAAAAAUUUAGUCCAAAAAUAAAGUAAAUAUUAACUUUUGUAUAACGAUAAUAUUAACUGUUGUGUUUUGGAAGUUGCCUUGGCCUUUCACAUAUAAAAUUUUGAAAUAUUUUAUGACAUAUGAAAGUGGUGGGAUAUUGUAAUGUUUAGAAAGAGUGUUUUUGAGAACUUGACCCGUGGUGUUUCCAAUUUAGAGUUUCUUCAUCAGCCAAAAGUCCGUGAAGAUCAGCUGAAAUAAUGAGAUUUGAGAUACCUUGAAACGUUUUCACGGUUAAUAUCACUCCGAAUUUUUUUACGGUUGACUGUAAAAAAUAACCUUUUCUGCCGACGGUUGAUGGUUAAAUUUUAGGCCGUUUGACGGCUGACAGUUAACCCCAUUGAGACCGUCUGAGACCGUCUGAAUAGGAUAUUAUCAUUUUCACAGCACAUUAAAACUGGCGAAUUCCGCAUUUGUCUCAAGGAGUUGUACGCUGACCAACACGAUCCUGUGAAUGUGUCCUACGCAGUACUAGCAGGUAGGUUAGACAGCAAAAAAGAAAAAAAGACUUUCUUUGCAAUUGCAGUAACCAGGGACACGCGAAUUAACUAAAUUAUAUUAUUGUUUUGUAUUUGCUGGGGUUUGGGGGAACCUAGGGUGGAUUUGUACUGUCUGGUAAUACAGGCAAAGUAUGAAAGGUCGCGCUUAAACGUAAAAAGUUGAACAUCGCUCAACUUUUACGUUUACCCCCCAACACUUUAUACAUUACCCUUUAUUUAAGCACAUAAAAUUUACGUACGUCCGCAAGUAAAAAUCACGUGACAGUGGAAAUCCACCUUAAGCGUGAAGGUUACCAUACGUCUAUGUAGUUUCCACAUUUUCUCCAGUUUUUAUAGGGUCAACUUAUUCACAUAAGUUUUGUACUAUGCAUUAAAAUAUGUACUGAACCUCGUUUACAUUUCAUUGCUUGGCUCCUGCAGAUGUUUGUAAACCCGGCUGGUCAUAUUUUGGUGGUAUUUGCUACUCAACCAGUCAAAGCUGUAUGAACUGGACCGAGGCCCAGAAGACUUGCCAAUCAUACAGCGCUAAUCUCAUCAGUGUACGAAACCAAGAAGAGAACGUCUACAUUCAGCAUAGGCUGAAUGGUGCCAGGGGCUGGAUUGGACUAAGCGAUAGGGACACGGAGGGAACUUUUGUCUGGGCAGAUAAUCAAACAAACAAUUUCACUUACUGGGCCAAGAAUCAACCAAACAACUUCAACAAUGAAGAUUGCGUUCACACCCUGGGAGUAAAACAUAGUUUUAAGUGGAAUGACGUGAGCUGCGGAAGCUGCCAUAACUACACUUGUUCAGAAGGUAUGUAGAAGCCUUAACAAUGUUCCUGCAAGGUCGUUUGCUUUCCUUCCUCAUUCGUCUGUUUAUUAAUCAAAAGCUAUUGGUUUCCUUUUCGUUAUUUGAGGCUACGUAUGUCCUGUUCGUGUCCAAGUAUAAACACGUUUAAAAGAUUUUUAUUGAAACACUGUUUAGAAUAGUCUCUUCAUUGUCGUUUUCCUUUUAUCAUUCGUUUAUUUACCCAACAAAAGUUACGGUUACAAACGUCAAACUUAAAGAAAGGCACAAAUAUCACAACUAGAUCAAAAUGUAAGAAAAAGGAGCAGAGUAGACCCAUUUAUCCACUGAUUUUUUAAGUAAAUCGAAUUCUUUCUAACUAAUUGAAGAGUGGGGUUUUUUGUAAUCGUACCUCUAACUGAUCUUAGCCUUAAACCAAGAGAGGAUAAAGGAGACAGAGAAGGCAUCCCCCAUACACACCCUAUUCCACAGGUAAUUCGUCUCGAGUUAUUUUUAGAAUCGGGAUAAAGUUACCUCGCGCGCUGCGUGGACGUUUCGCGGAGGUUUGGCAUGACUAAACGCCGUGUAAAACAUGUCGCGCGAAAGGCAAUGAAAGCGUGAAGAGAUCGAGAGCAUUUCUGAAUAUUGAAACGAAAUGAGUCGGCGCUCAUCUGGGAAAAUGGAAUCGCUGCACUCUUUGACAAUCUGUGAAAUCAGUUGAACUCGAAGUUGUCGUAACCUCAGUGCUUUAAUAAAAUGAGAAAUUUCGCCGGUCUAUUGAAACCGGUCGUUUGUAUAAUAAAGCAAGUAGGAGUGUUACUUUUGUUGAAUAAUAAAAGACUAAUAAAAAAAUAAAUAACAAACCAGAAAUUGCUCUCUUCAAACUGUAAAUUAUAAAUGAUCCUGAGAGAAUAUUCAGUGAGUUAAGAAUUUCUCUGCUGUACUUUUAGCUCUAUGCAAGAGAGGAAGGGCGAUUCUUUUUUAAUUUCCGUUUCGCUGACACAGCUUAAGCAGAAAUCUCUCUUUAGUCGUUUUCGUCGACAAAACAAAUAGCAAUAUCGCUCUCCGCGUCUUCCGCCAUUUUUUUCUGCGUCAAUUCGUGAAGGACGCGUGGCUCUGAGCGUGGGUCAUCCACUUGGAACACAUUCGCGCUGUGUGAUUGGCUGUUGUCUUAUCCCCCUUGGGAUCUAUGGUCUUAAAAAUGACUCGAGACGAAUUAGCUAUGGAAUACUGAGGGUGUGUAUGGGGGAUGCCUUCUCUGUCCCCUUUAUCUUGCCUUAAACUCAUCAAAAGAUAAUUCAUUUGGUGCUAACCACGCCCCGGUUGUUCAAAGUUGGAUAAGGCUAUCCACCGGAUAAAUCACUAUCCAGUGGAUAAGUAUUUGGGAAACCAAUUACGUUAUCCACUGGAUAGAGAUUAAUCCGUAUAUAUCGGAAAGCGAUAUCCACCUUUUGAACAACUGGAGCCAGAAGCAGAACUGAAAUCAUUAAUGACUACGAUAAGAGUGGACUAAAGAUGAUUGAUAUAAAAAGUUUUAAAGCAUCAUUGAAAAUGAAAUGGGUUCAAAGCUACCUUAACAUAGAAAACAAAGGCAAAUGGAAAGUUUUUUUCGAUUACUACUUGGAGAAAUGCGGCGGGAAAUUAGUGUUCUUGUGUAAAUUAAAACAAAAAGAUGCAUCACAUCUGAAAAUAAGAGACCUUUUUUUAAAAGAAAUUGUAGAAUACUGGUCCAACUUAAAUUAUGGUGAGAAGAACCCAGCUUUUGAGUCAACAUGUCAGUAGUUAUGCUCCAGCAAAGAUAAGCCCCGUUGGUGGAUGGGUAAGGAUAGUUUAGGGAUAGUCUAUGACGUCACCAAUUGUUAUAACCUAGGGAAAAAUGCCUUCCUCCAUACUAAUAACUGUCUUCCUGCAUACUAAUUCAGUAUAGGUUUACUAAUGAGCGAAUACUACAAUAGGCACAAUAGGCUUGCCUCGGCUUGCCCGUUAAGUAACUUGAGCCCCGUUUUCGGACCGUCUAUUAAAGGGAACCUCCACUCUUACUACAGAGUAAGUUUAAAUCGAAUAAAAUUAUGUUGAUAAACAAAUUUGUUCGAAAUUUGUCCUUAAAAAAGUGUUUAUAUCAGGAAAAGUGAAUUUUAAAAUCGCUUAUUUUCACUUUCAAAUUUCGUGGGCGCCGCCAUCUUGAAUAAUUGUGACGUGUUACGGUUGCUCUAUUGUUCUGACACAAAGAGCUUUUGUUUAAUAACAAUAGGGCAACCGUAACACUUCACAAUUAUUGAAGAUGGCGACGCCCGCAAAAUUUGAAAACAAAAAUAGGCGAAUCGAAAAGUUAUUUCUUUCGGAUACGCUUUCUUUCUUUAAAAAUAUUUUAGAUUGACUUGACUGUAACAGUUAUUUCCUGUGAUUUAAAGUUAUCUUUUUGUUGAAGUGGAGGUUCCCUUUAAAAGGAAUUAAAAUACGAAUAAGAGAACCGAUCACGUAGCAACGCGAGAAACGGCGAGAAAUUUUAUUUUAUAUAUUUUCCAUCCACGACCACAUCCACUCCACAUCGACCCUACAUCGACCCCACAUCGACCCUACAUCGACAUUACAUCGACCCCCACAUCGACCCUACCCUCAACGUUUUUUUUUCAACACUGCUUCGUAAAUAGUGAAACUAUAUACCAUCACCACCACAUUUGUAUUGUUUUUUCCUCCACCACCACCACCGCCACCACACCGCUCCCUUGAGGUUUUUACUGCAGAGCUAAUUUGUAUUCAACGGCGGGCUUGCUAACUCGCAUAAUUACCUGACUAACGGCGCGUGAAACGCUGAGACUUAAAUAGUUUUUCAUUUCCUCGAGAUGGAAAGGAGAAAACGGUUCUGUAAUAGUCAGAUAGAAUUGAAAUAGAGAGUUUUCAGCUCCACUUUGUGUAUAUGUGCGUGUGUUUUGUUUAUACAUCCGAGUUUUAGCGCUAAAUAAGAAGACGUAAACUAAACUGAAAUAAAGACUUUUCAGCUCCACUUUCUGUUUGUGUUUUGUUUAUAUAUUGGAGUUUUAGCGCUAAAUAAGCGGUGAGGGUAAAAGGCGGAAUGAGUUUGCGGAAUGGCAUGUGGCAUGGCUUGCGGAAUGACAUAAUUAUGCGGAAUUUAAUAUACGCUGCUGAAUGAUCAAAAGAAAUAAAUUAAACUGAAAAGAGCACCCUUUUUUGGCGCCAAUCAAUUUGCAAACGCAGCCGCUGUUUUAAUGUUGCGGGCUUAACCUUUGAUGACAAUAAAAAAAAAAACCACGAAGGCUCAUUGUCGACCAACCUUUUCCGCACAGCCAAAAAGAUUCUUCGUCUAUUGAAGAAAAGAUGUUUUCGAAGGUCACGCUCCCUUCUACUUUAAUUUUUUCUACAAAAGAUGCUUGUACGAUUAACUCAACAGUUUCUUGUUACCUAUAUUUGUAUUCGAAACCGUGUGAGAAGUGUUUCUUUAUGAGACUGUGGGUUACGUGAUCGUGACAUAAUUGAUAAUAUUAUUCAGAGAUGAAUGAAUCUUGUAUUUUGUUUCCUCAACUGCGAGCUUGAGACGUGCGAAACAGAAAAAUCGACCAAAAUCUUAAUUUCGUGACAAGAGUUGAAGAAUCAAUUUCUUUCAUUUUUGUUCAUAGAUAGCUUUUAGGUAAAAGAGAAACCUAACGUAGAUUGUUCCCGCCGAAAGCCUUUUAUUCGGGAGAAAAAAUAGAAGAUCGGUUUUCGAUGUCGCCGGAGUCUCAGACUGCAUUAAUUUUAACCUGAAAUUCGCUAACAUCAACUUUCCUCGCGUUCGCAAACGAAGCUGGAUGGAGAAAUUCGGACGCUUUCCACGAACAGAAAAAUUCUUUUCCUUCCACUAGAAGAUACUUUCUGGACAAUAGGGAAGCUGGUCGUACUGAAAUAAUUUUAAAAAUGAGGGAUAGGUUUUCAGGAUAACAAAAAUUUCAGUUCGUUACUCAUUUUCGCCGCCAAUAUUUAACAUGUGGUAUAACUCCAAAUUCUCUUCUUGCGAUUUACAUCACACAUUUAGACAUUCAUUUAAAAUAUACCUGGGAAUUGGCUUGGGUAAGUGAAGGAAAUCUCUGUAAGACACCAUCGAAGUUCAGGAAUUUUCAUGGUAGGCUGGCGGUAUAAAUUGUCUGUAUUCUGUAAACACUUCCAAUUUCGAAACGCACAUAAACAGAUAUUUACAGCCCAAUGACUCGUUUUUCGUACGUCUUGUAGGUUUUCCCUUUGCAAAAUUGCUUUUUUCAAUCAAAGAAUGGGGUAAAAAGGUGAAACUGGGUCAAUUUUAGCCAUUUUGAAACACUGAACUUUACCUGGCGGCGACUCUGCGUGACAGUCUGUUCCGUGACUGCACGUGGCACAACGUACGUUUGAAGAGACGGAGCUGUCAAAAUCACAGUCACGAAAUCAAGGUAGUAACGCAACGUAAUUCUUGAUCGAAGGAGUAACACUUUCGGUGCCGACAGUAUUUUGAAGAAGCAAAAAAUCAAAUGCACAAGUAUUCUGGGAUUCACUUUCUAUCGACUCAAAAAUAAGGACUCUAACAAUGGUAUUAAAUUCGCUAAGGAUAACGGAAAAAGAAGAUAUUUCGUCUUGCUAAGGGACGGACCAUUAGAAAACUUAUGGGGGGGGGGGAAUUUUCGAGCCGCAGGAAUUUUUUUUCGUUAUCAAAUUCCUUGUAUGAAUUUUUUUUAGGCCAUAGCAUGAAUAUUUUUUAGGGUUAAUUGGCUUGCAAGAAUUUUUUUUCAUUUAAUUUUCCCUUGCGCGAAUGUUUUUUUUGGACUUCGCCCGCCCCCCCCCCCAUAAGUUUUUUAAUGGUCCGUCCCUAAUCGAAGAAACUAAGUUAUUUUGCUCACGCCUCAGUAUAUUUACCGGACUUCAAUGUUUUCGUGUGGAGGCUGUCUUCAGGAACCCUAGCUAAUUCUCGGGUAUGUUUUAGAUAAAUGUCUAAAUGCGUGAACCAGUAAAGCAGUUGUUCACUCAAAUUGGCGCCAAAAAAGGGGCGUCAAUGACCCGCGCAUGCCUUUCAGUUUAAUUUAUUUCUUUGCGCCAAUUUCCAUAUUUUACAUUCCGCAUAAUUAUGUCAUUCCGCAAGCCAUGCCACAUGCCAUUCCGCAAACUCAUUCCGCCUUUUACCCUCACCGCUAAAUAAGAUAUAGAAAGCAGUUUCUCGCGUUGCUACGUGAUCGGUUCUCUUAUUCGUAUUUUCCUUUAAUAGACGGUCCGAAAACGGGGCUCAAGUUACUUAACGGGCAAGCCGAGGCAAGGCCUAUUGUGCCUAUUGUAGUACUCGCUCAUUAGUAAACCUAUACCGAAUUAGUAUGCAGGAAGACAGUUAUUAGUAUGGAGGAAGGCAUUUUUUCCCUAGGUUAUAACAAUGGGUGACGUCAUAGACUAUCCCUAAACUAUCCUUACCUAUCCACCAACGGGGCUCAUCUUUGCAGAAGCAUAACUACUGUACUACGAGAUGACCGCCAUAUUCGAGUUCACUAAAAAUUCAUAUUUUUGCAAAUAGUUUAUUUUUGUUUGUUUGUCCAGUUUUUCUGUGUUGUUUUUUUGGGGUGUAGGUGUAUGUGUGUGUGUGUGUGUUUUCUGUUUUUUUUUUUUGUUUGUUUUUUUUCCUGAGAAAGUUCUAGCGUGCCCUUUUGUCACAUUAGAUCUAGAUGAAUGCCGAGGAAACAAUAACCAUUGUCACCAGAAUGCCGUCUGUACAAAUACUCUUGGCUCCUAUAAAUGUCAGUGUGCUACAGGAUAUAGCGGUGAUGGUUUUUCAUGUUCAGGUAAGGAAACUUGGCAUUUUUUACAUUUUUUUCCUCUUGCAAGGAGAAAACGCGUUCAUGAACUGUAUUUAGACAGUCUAGCGCUUGAAAUGUCAUGUUCAUUGUCGGACGAUUUAUAGAGUUUAGUUCUUGCUUCGAUUUCUAGAAUCGGAACAAAAUAUGGAAUGAAAUGCCUGUAACGUUAAGAAAUCUGUCAAAAAAUGCCCUCAGUUUAAGAGGAAAGUUGAAUUUGUUUUUCUCUUAGUAACUUGUAUUGAUCUCCCAGAAAUCGUUCAAAAAGUUUGGUUGAAUUUAUUUUCCUUUUAGUAACUGGUGGUUGUAAUUAUUGAUAUCGUUGAGUGUAUCAGUAAUCUCUAGUCAUAACUGUGUUGUCAUUAUUAAUAUUGCAUUAGUUUAUCAGUGGUCUCCAGUCAUUUUGUCAACUCUAGCUUUUUUUAGGUCUCGUGUUACUUUUAGUUGCAUUUAUUUCCUGAAAACAUGACCUUACUACAAUCCUGGAUAAAAGUCCUUGGGACAGUACUGCAAUAUUCAUGUUUUUCUUUCAUUUCUCGGUUCCCUAUUAAAACGGUGUAUUGUUGUAUUCACUUUACGGGAUGGUCUUUUUGAAGCAUAUUACUUUAAAUGCAAUGAAUUUGUGGUUGAAAUAUACCUUAGCCUUGUUUCUUUAGUUAAUUUGUAGCGAAUAUUGAUAAUACACUGUGUUUUUGCGACUGAGCACUGUGCGCGAUACUCGAAACACCGUGCAUGACCAACUUCCGCUGUACUCGGCUCCAGUUUAGGGAAAUGGGCCUGAUAUGGCAAAUGAGGGAAUUGUCUUGAAAAAACAUGCCACGUUGCGAAAAUAAUUUCAAACGUCAUUAUUAUUGCGUGUGAUCACCUACUUGCCUAAAAGUACCAAAAUGCCUGACAAGCGUUGGAAAAAUGAAAAAACAGACUUUUUCCCCAAAACCAGGAUUCAUAAAAGCCUGGACAAAAGUCCUUGGGACAGUACUGCAAUAUUCAUUUUUUUCUGUCAUUUCUCGGUUCCCUCCUAAAACAGUGCAUCCUGUUCGAACUUUUCUUGCAGUUCUCCCUCCCCUCACCCUAUACAAAGUUGAAACUCGGAAAAAAUUCGGGAUACACGCGUCCAACAUUGUUUGUGGGGUGAGAGAAGGGGUUGGACCUGUGUGAAUUGGAAACGCCCCAGAAAUGCAAAAGUGUCUCAAGACUUUUGUCCAUGAUUGUAGAUUAUCAUAGCUACCCGCGGGCAUUGUACUUCAAUCUCAAAAUAGAAAUAAAAUGUAUGUAUAAUUAUAUGUUUGUAGAUAUCGACGAGUGUUCUUCAGGUCACCAGUGUGACAGCAGUGCAACAUGUUAUAACACAGAUGGGUCUUACACUUGCACUUGUGACAGCGGCUACACAGGAGAUGGACGAACCUGUAAAGGUAAAAUAAGCACUUGAUCAAAUUUAGGGGUUACACAAUUGACCACUAAAACUCGCUAAGAUUCAAGAAAAUUUUUUAAAGUUACUCAACAUAUCGAAUUCAACAAGAACAGCUAGAUUCGUUGCUAGCAAAGAAGCAAAAAAUGGGGAUGCCGGGGUGACAAAGACUGGAGUUUAAGCUUUCGUUCGCAACCAACUGUUUCCGCGGUUUGCUUCCAGCGAUUUUUCUGUCGGGGAACUCAAUCGUUAAUAUUUUCUGUUGAAACUGAAGUCUAGCAGGUGAUCUCUCAAAACCUCUUCAGCAGUCUGGGCCACAUGGAGUCAUAUUAAAUCGAGUCGGUUUGCGCGUAGAUGUAACUGGACCUGAUGUUUAGUUAAUAGGCAAGGAGGGAGACUUAUAGAGGAGAAUGAGAGAGGCCGAGCAUAACGCCUUGGAAUCAAAUAGAGUUACUGACAAUAAAAAUGUAUAAAUUGACCACUUUCAGAGUGAAUAACUCAGCGAGUUUGACUUUUGGAGAAUCUUGUGGGGAAUUAGAAUAUUAAAAUAUUUUAGUUUCCUUUUUUCACUUACUAUUUAAAACAACUUUUGUAGGUUUUGAAGGUUUAGGUCAAGUAAAAAAUAUAUAUAUAUCAGACUUAAAACCUACGCAAGUCUUGUCUGGCCGUUCAACCAGGAACUGAUAUUCUUCCAAGAUACCUUUAGAAACUAAUACAAUAGUCAGCUGCAACAGUUUUUAAUUAUCAGGAAGAUUAAUCUCAAGUAUGGUAUAAGUUUGCCUUCCCGGGACAAAUAAUAUCAUUUAAUACCGGCUAUGAAAAAACGGCAGCAUCUUUUAGACUUACAUGCACGAUUGAACUGAAGAGACUGAAGAGAAGGGACAGCUCCAGAGUUCUGACAGAGAUAGUGGAAUUUGUCGCUUUACCCGAUUCCGUUCCCAAGUAAACUUACAAAUUGUUCAAUUCAAGUCCUAGUUAUGCAGGGACGGUAAAGAAAUGUACAAAAAAGCGUGAUGCACGACACGUGCAGAAUUGUUGUUUUGCUCAUUGAACCUAUUGCUUUUUUGACGUUUCCGUUGCCGUCGCCGUCGUAGUUUCGUAAGGUCCCUUAUAUCCCGCGCGUCGGCAGUCCAAAAACGCGUGAAUUACGGAAACCGUAAGUUAAUUUCCACUUGCAUAGCAACGCGAUACAAUGAUGGGCCCUUAAGAGAUAUCAAGAGAAGUCACGCACAAGUAGCACGCGAAAGACGACGAGAGAGCAAGUUGAGGGGAAAGAAAGGGAGAGCUCUUCUUCAUCGCUCACUCGCGCGAUCGCUUGCCACUUGAAAUGGAGAGGUUGCUCUCAGUCCAUAAUAUUUCUGAGUGGUCAUGCGCGUUCGCUUUUUGGUGAGCCAGUUUAUGUUAGGAAUUAAAGGGGAAAAUUCGAGCUAUUUACAUAUCAAGCAACGUCAGUCUAUGACUCCAAGUUUCCUUUUUCACCCAUCUCAACCAACCUUUAACAAUUAACACCACUACGGCAUUCACACGUACCUGACAUACAAAAACUGAAAAUCCUCACAUACGCGUGAUACAAGUGUUCGCUCGGAUAGCGUCUUGUUAUCAAGAUUAUCAUUUUAAAAACUUUCUUUUGUCAUUUUUCAGAUUUAGACGAAUGCUCACUCAACACUCAUGACUGUAAUGCGAAUGCUAUUUGCACCAAUACAGAAGGGUCAUUUACUUGCAAGUGCGACGUGAAUGCACAUUACAUUGGUGACGGGAAAACAUGCACUCCUCAUCGUAAGCCGAAUUAUAUGUUUUAUUUCACUUUGUUCUAUUCGUUUUACCACUCUGCCAAUUGUUAACUUCUAUUUUGUGGAAAAAGCUAUCCACCAAUAUUUAUGUCGCCAACGAGCAAGCCCUCGUCUGCCUGUCGAUCAUCUUGAUUAUGCUCUUGUCCAAUUUUGCUGUGAUCAUCGAUGCCUUAUAAAAAUUCAUAGGUAUUGAACAACUACUUCAUUUUAAAAGCGGCCCUGAUUCCAUGUAAAUAAAGGUAGGGUCAGUCAAGCAUAUGUCUCUGAUAGUUUAAGCAGUGAGAUCAAGUAAGACCUUGAGCUUCAAUUUUGUUUGCCUUUUCUUUCUGUACGAACAUUGUUUCAACAUACACUUUUCCAUUUUGUGCUUUUCUAGAUAAAAAUGUAGUCUAUCUGUAUUUGUUUUUUAUUUUAUUUCAGGCGGCCUUGGUGAUUCAGUCAUUUUAGCGAAUGACGUUGGCAAGGCAUCCCAGUUAAACACCUGGCUCCUCCCCCACCUGCAAAGUUCGGACAGAAGUUACUGGAAGUUGUGUUACAGAGCUACUAGUCACGGUUGGGGCUCGCGUACCUUUCACAGCUAUUGCGAUAACAAAGGACCCACUGUAACAAUUGUUAGGGUAGGGAUCUAUAUUUUUGGAGGCUACAACGACAAUUCAUGGCAAUGUAAGUCUUUGAAAUAGCUAAGAUACGAAGAAGGUAUCGACCAGUUGAACUGAAUUAAACCCGGGGGUUAUUAACCCCAAAUGUAAUAUAAAAGGAAGGAGAGAAUGGGCCUUUAGAAUUUUCGCAAAUAGUUCAAAACAAGUCUAGUCUUAACCAGAUUGUCAUUAAUCACUCGCAAUUCUGCUAAUUGGAGAAGAUUGUGUGGUAAGAGUUUAAACAAAUACUCGCAACCUGACAAUCUAAUCCAAAGUCACAACAUUGCUGAAGCAUGAACUGUAUUCUAAACAUUUGCCAUCGUAUAUUGAGAAAAAUUACUGACAACCAGGAGUUUUGAUUGGCACAAUCUGGCACAUUUUCCAGGCAUUAUCGGUCAUGACCACUGGCUCCUCCUUGUACCACGGCUUGGCCGUACGUUUUCUUGUACGAUCGGGGAUUAGACGGAUCCAGAUCUAGAAAAAUAAAUGUUUGUUCGGCUUAAAACGCUUCAAACAUGCCACCAAAAAACUGUGCUGAGUCCUCGGGCUGCUUUAUUUAUAAUUAAUUUAUUUAUUUUUUGACAAGCGCGUUUGAGGUGGGGUAUGAGGCUUAGUGGAGAAGGUCGGGCUUAAUACUGCUGUACUGCAGCUGGUUCUACCACGUCUUUUUCUUGAAAUCUGAGACAGGUGGACCGCCGUUUCUUUUGAAUUUUCUAAUGGAAAAGCCCUGAGCGUGAUUUAUGUGGUAUUUCACACAUUAUAUACUACUUUCCUGCUCUCAGUAUUUACUAACCCACCACCGUUUCCUAAAAAUACACCAUUUUACUGCUUUUGGAUUAGUAUCCUAGACUUUGAGAGUGAGUGCAAGACUAAGGUUGACCAUAAUAGAUAGAUAGUUAGAUAGUUUAAUUAUCAAUACUUUGCAGCCCAAAGGCUGAAUUGCGUAUUUACAAAUGAUGCAAUUGAUAAAAUGUGUCUAUAAAACUAAUUACAGUAAAUAAAAAAGUGUGAAAAAUGUGAUAAAAACUCUAAAAAUCUACGUACAGGAUCUAAUAAUAAAACUAUUCCUAAAAUGAUCGGUCUUGCAUUUAUGUACAAUGAAGCGCGUGUUGCACCUUAGAGCAUAACCAUGUUUUGAUACAAACGUCCUUUGUUUUCUUAUGGAAAAAAUUAUACUUAAAAAGUACUUGUUAGAAUAAAAAAAACACGAUUUACAUAUUAAGAAAGCAGAAAUGGUUGUAUCAAAGCAAGGUCCACUCCAGCCUCGUUUCCAUCCAUAAUUGUAAAAUGGUCUAUUGAACUCGACUGAGUUACACUGAAUCUCUAAUUGUUUGUGUUCUGUUUUUUCUCUACUUCAGGGUCUGCUGGUUAUCAAUAUUCGACAAAUACCUUCUUGUACUCACUGAAAAACUACAACGGGUAUGGAUACUUCAAACAGGACAUAACCAACGGCUACUAUGGCCACGCCACUUACAGCGAUUAUGAUUAUGGUCCAACCUUUGGUGCGGGCCAUGAUAUGAAAAUUGCGGACAAUGCGGGAAGAAAUACCAAUUCUUACUUUAGUUGUUACUCGUACCGCAGUCCCUAUUGUGACAAUUAUCUCUGGGUUGGAUCACGAAACGGGAAUAAUUUCUGCCCAGAUGAGGUGGAGGUUUAUUAUGAACUGCUUGCUUGAAACCGGGCGGCAACAUAAAACAAAGAAAACGUAGAAAACAAACAAACAAACAGCAACAACAACAAUCACGAUAAAAACAUCAACAGACCAACAAAAAUAAGUCACAGCAAAAAAUAAAUAAAUAAAUAAUCAGCCCUCCGCCUUUUACUAUACCUUUGCUGAGAAAGAAAGCUACCAUCUCUUUCAUGAUAUUUUCAAAGUAACUCCACUUAUGACAAAAACGGUGAUUAGCGGCUAACGUGUACAAAUUAUUGUAUUUGGAGCUUUCGCAGUAUCAAUUGCAGAAGUUUUAACAACAAAAUGAGGUGUUAAAGGACCAACAGCGGUGAACCAUAGGACGACUGGUUUUGUCGUUAUGAUGGACCAGAAGGAAUUUUUCGUUGGUAGCGUAGUUCCAUGUUAGGAAUUUGCUUUAAGGGAGUGUUUUCGGUUGUUAGAACUUAUCCCUGUGGGUAUUCUUAG